CGACUCAGACCAGAGGCUUGAACUUUUUAUAUCAAUCGCGAGUGAACUGCUACAGCAAGGAAGUAUCCUCAGCUGAGCUGAUAUCCACACCGGAGACAAAAGAGUCGAACGCUUUUCCCCCUCCUUCAAGCAACGUAUAUUUUGUAGGGGAUCUGUUUUUACAAGGCGGAACCACUAUUCUUUCGAUGCUGACAUCGUAGUUUUCUGAUCAAAAAGGCACUGGGCUCUAAACUUUUGCGUUUUACGCGUAUGUAAGAAGUUCAAAACCGUAUUUUCAGAUAUUUUACCGUUAUUAACAACUGUUAUGUCGCGCUACUGAAACGGUUUAGGACAUGUCCGAUUCGUCCAGACAACAAAAUCAGUCCAAUGGCUCGACCAUCCUAAUUGAGAGAGGGAAAUACGGAGAAUUGAAUCCCGGUGGCGGAGCAGCCUCCGGUGCCGAACCGACUGACAACCCCCAGUUCAGCGAAAGGGACCAGCAGUCACGGGGAGGAAUAAUGAUGCCGAAUAGUCUGCUUGGUUUCCAGUCGAGGUCGCCGUUGUUCAGAACACUGUCCAGGUCAUCCAGUGGAUAUUUUUCGUUCGACAGCGAUUCUAUUCCAAGCUCCCCGGUAUUGAAAGAUAACAAGUCGACACAGACUCCGAGCCCAUCUAGCCAAGUCAUGACUCACGCACUGCAGCGCAUGUCUCAAGCACAGGAGACCAAUCGAGAUUAUGACGCGUGGCCCAACCCCCUCCACCCCUAUAGACCACGGCCACCGCCAACUGCAGGGGACAUGUGGCCAGAGACACUGAUCGGUCAGGAGCUUCAGCGCAUUGGAGAUGAGUUUAACGAUCUCGUCAUGCAUCGCCUUGUUGACGGAAACGGUCAGGUUGCCCAGGAAAACCUGCAGCAGAUGCACCAAGAGCCCGCCUUCCUACUGUGGAUGGGGCUCCUGAUUGGACGACUAUUACAGAUCAUCCUGCAGAGAAGAUGAUGGGCAGACAGAAGCCUCAAUCCCAUUCCUGCAGCACCCAGCAGACACAUACUGUAGCACCUGGGAGAAUUCUGUCAAAAGACCCUGUACAUAUGUGAUUAUAUAAAAUGCUACAUUUUCAGAUUGAAAUUCUCCUCCUGCAUAUGUGGACCUAUUCAAAUUUGUCUUGAUGGUUUUUAACUUUGAAUGGCCUCAAGAUUCCCUGAUCCAGGAUAAGUUGGAAUAGGGAAUUUGUACAGCUUUGGAGAAUACUUUCUUUGGGAAUUCUACAACAACUGGAAUUUUGCACCUAUGUUUCUUGCUCAGAUUUGGAAAGUUGGCCUAAUCAAACCACCAAAGAUGGAGUGUCCUGUUGCAGAGCACUCACAGGGAUAAUGCCAUGUGGAUAAUGCUUUGUGGAUGUUACAUGUGCCUUGUACAGUUUCUGGCUUUUUUACUAAGCUGUUUUCUUUUUCUUGCAGCUAUUUAUUUUUCACCUAUGUAUUUAAUUUGUUUGUGAGUUUACUCAUGGUCAGAUGUGUCAAGUCUGCGCUGUGUCUGGUCCUCAUGGCUUCUCACUGUUUCCUUUCCUCAUCCAAACAUCAUCUGCAAUUCUAAUUUGAUGCAACCAGUUCCAUGGUCGGUUCCAUUGACCCAGACAUUUAAAUCUUAAUAUUAAAUAUUAAAUUAUUUGUACGCACCAUUUUUAAAUGUAUUUUCUUUCCAAACAUAUUCAGUACAAUAGCAAGGAUGUUAGUAAUAAUUGUAAGAACAACAACAGCUAAAAACAGUGAUAGCAAAUACAAUACCUAAAAUAAUAAUAUUUAAUUAAAUAAAAGUACAUGAAUUAGGGCAAAUAAUGUAAGUUCUUGAAACACCUUAUUCUGUUGUCUCACUUGUUUAACCCUGCCCCUUUUCAGAUGUCAAACAUAAUUGCUGUUAUCAUUUAGCAUUUAGCUCGGACGGGCUGUUGUCAGGGCUUUCUUAGCCCAGCUGACACUCAUGUUGGCCCGGCCAAGUCCUGUGCGGCGCUGCCAGGUCAUUAAAUGCUCAUAGAAGCUUUGCUGGAAGAGAACCAAACUCUGAGCACCAGGGGAGCAGGGCUUUGUCAAUGGAGAGCCAUGAGCUAACAUUUGCCAGAGGAACAGGCAGAGAGAGCCAAUGGGUUCAAUACAGGUUUUAAUGGGUGGGAUGACUUGCAGUGCUUGAGAACUUAGGUCGAUAGACAGGGAUAAAAACCACCCAACAACCUUGAAGGAUCUAUAUUCAAAUUCUUUAAAAAUUGUUUUAGUUCUGAUCUGUGGUAGUAUGAAUGGGUUUUUUAAGGCCCAGUGCAGUCAAAAUCCUGUUUUUCCUGUGUUUUGAUGAAAAUAUCACUUUAAAAGUGUGAAGGAAUUUCAGGCAGUAUAAGUUAAUAUAUGCCAAUAACAAAGAGUUCCAAACCUCUUUGCCAAUAACAGUUAGUUUUCAGAUGACAUACUCAGACCACUCCGACAGUCCUAACAAAAUUAAUGCUAGAGAAAUAGUUUUUUACUAAAAAGCUAUUUUUGUUUCUUUUUUACAGUUUAAAUGGAAAACUAUUACAGUAAGGCACUUGCUUAAUUGUUACCCAGAAAUUAUUUGAUAUUGAGAUAAAAACAGAUGCAUUGGGCCUUUAACGAUAAACAAAAAUUUAAGUAGGGUUACUUUGAAUGUUACAUGCUACCACAUUGUGCACCAUGGGUUGGUUUGAAAUUGUAUGUGUCCUCUUGUGUGAGCCAAAGAUUGAUUACACUGUAAUUUUGAUGGUUAGAUCUUAUUGUAUAGUACAGUAUAGGCGUGGUUCAGUCCAAUUGUCUUGGCCACCCUUUUGAUUCCAUUGCCUCAUAUUUGUCAGUCUGCCAGUAUUUGAUUUGAAAAUUCAUUUCACACCCACAGUUCAAUAAAUGUUAUCCAUGAAAUGAAAUGUUAACAGUAUGAAAUGUGCUGAUAAAAGCCUAUCUUUAAAAUAACAUAGCACUUACAGCUCAUUAGAGGUUUUAAUUGCCAAACAUCUGCCUUUUAGAUGUAUUUUUUUUUAAACAUUUUUUGCUGGCCAUGUAGAUGAAAUGUAAGGUAUUAGUUGAUGAAAUUAUUUGCAAACCCAAUUUUUAUUGAGAAGCGUAUCAUUCCGUCAUGUUUUUCUUUGUACCAAAAUUGUCUUUUAUAUAUUGUAUGACUGUCUUUUCUUUUUUGGUGUUGUCAAAUGAAACCAAAGACCUAAUUUCAAAGUUGUGUAUCUCAGAAGGGUGUUGUCGAGUGUAGAGGCUUUCCAAGAGAACAACUGAAAGCUGAAUUUUCACCUUCUGAAACUGAUAUGGAAACUUCUCAGACAGUCAGCCAAUGGUUCCAUGUACUCUAGAUAUCAAUCCAUUGAGUGACAGCAUAGUCCAUACUGUCCAUACUUCUUAAUGGGUAGAGACCAGACCAUAGAUAGAAAUAGCAUUUUUCCCAGACACAUACAAUAACUUCAUUUUGAUCCGCAACAUUCCCAAGUUAGCAAGAGCCAUGAAUUUCAACCAGUGUCAUCUUGGUGGAGGAAGUACAGGUGUGUCCCUCUUGCACUAUGAUUACUGUCCCAGAAUUCUGUCUGUUCAGGACCCUUUUGCACUGAGCGCAGACAGACAUAAACUGAUUUAUCUGACUCACAGGACCCAGUACAUUUGUAGCAAAAUGUCAAUUUUUUUCAGUUCUUUUUUUUUGCACUGAAAUGUUUUAAGGUUGUGAUUUAAAUUGUGCAUAAUGCUGUGCCUGUAUAAAGCCUUUUUUCAUCUUUUUAAAAAUGUGUUUCUGGAAUCUUCUUUCAUUGUUGAUUAAACCACAUUCUUUUUAAUGAUAA